CCCCCGAUGCACCUCUGCUGGCUGAGGGUGACACAACCCUGUCUGUCCCCUGUCACUGUUCCCGCUUAUCUCUCCCGCCUGUUCGGCGCCACUGUCUUCUUGGAAAUGAGUCAGGGCAAAGGGGAGGGGGCUCAGGUGUCCCCUCCUCCAAUCGGUCCCAUAAAAAGGACAGAGACUGGGUCCUAGACACCACGCAAAUCCUCGGACUACACAGCAGAACAGAAGGCACGAUGAUUCGGAGCACCAAGAUCCAGGCUGCCUGUCUCCUGCUUCUCCUCAUCGCCAGCCUGACCAGCAGCACCCUUCUCCAGCAGCUGGUGAGACAGCCUGAAGCCCUACAGCCUCGGCACAGGACAGAAGCCAGGGCCGACAUGUCGUUCCUGAUUCCAAAUCGAAAGAAGCGAGACACCAACUUCCCAAUCUGCCUUUUCUGUUGUGGAUGCUGUAAGAACAUUCGACAAUGUGGCUUCUGUUGCAAAACAUAGAGCCGUGUGCCCCAAUCUCUCAACACCCCAGCCUCCCCACAGCCCCCCGUUUAUUUAUAAGCUUGAAAUAAAGGUGAUGAUUUUACUUUUAAACUACAGUGUCUGUUUGUAAACGGUGCUUCUUGUCCUGACAGCCCGAUCCCAAAUAAAUACCCAGAGGCUUAUAUAUUAAUUACAAAAUGCGCAGCCAAUAGCUCAGGGUUAUUACUAACUAGCUCUUACAUUUAAAUUAACCCAUUUCUAGUAAUCUAAGUAUUGCCACGUGGCCGUGGCUUUGCCGGUUCUCCAGCAUCUUACUUCUUGGGCAGCUUGCUGUUGUCUCUCCCAAUUCCACCCUUCUUCAUCCCAGUCCUCAGUCUGACUGUCCUGCCUGACUUCAUCCUGCUUGCUGUAAGCCCAACAGCUUUAUUAUGAACCAAUGAGAAUAAUGCAUACAGUGUACAGAAGGAUUAUCCCACAGCAUCUGUUUCUUUGGUUUGGUUUGGUUUUUACCCCUUAACAAAGGCUUAGGGACUUGUUGCAAGCCCUGCCGCCCAAGGGCAGUCACUCAGUAGGCUGUGCAGGUCUUAUGCAAGUCUCCGUGCCUUGAGGCUGCUAGAAACCUGCAUGAAGCCAUCUGCUGUCUGUUCUUCGCUUUGUUCCCACGUCAGAAGAUCUGAAGUUUAUGUAGCAACAUGGAAAGAGAGUUGAAUAGACUUGCCUCUCAGUCUUGUUCUUUCUUUCUUUUUAAAAUUUUUUUUUUUUUUUUUUUUUUUUUUUUUGGUUUUUCGAGACAGGGUUUCUCUGUGUAGCUUUGCGCCUGUCCUGGAACUCACUUGGUAGCCCAGGCUGGCCUCGAACUCACGGAGAUCCGCCUGGCUCUGCCUCCCGAGUGCUGGGAUUAAAGGCGUGCGCCACCACCGCCCGGCUAAAAUAUUUUUUUAAUCAAAAAACAAAACAGACUAAAACACUUUUUUAAAAUGUGUGCACAUGUAUGUGUGCCUGUGAACACAUGUAACAGCCAGAGUAGCCUCAACUGGUACAGAACUUGCUUUGUCAAACUCAGAGAUCCUUCUGCCUUUGCCUCCUGAGUCUUGGGAUCAAAGGCCUGUGCUACCACAUCUAGAUCAUUGCUUUUUCUUGGUUUUUGUUUCAUUUAGUUUUUGUUUUUGUUUUGUUUGUUGUUUUUGUUUGUUUCAUUUUUUUUCUUUUGUUUUGUUUUUGAGACAGGGUCUCUCACUGAACCUGGAGCUCACUGAUUCCCCUAAACUGUCUGGCCAGUGAGUCUCUGGGACCACCUCUGUCCUCAUGAGUGCUUGGACACAGACGCGUGCUGUCACACCAGCUUCCGAUGCUGGUGCUGGGACUCAGGUUCUCACGCUUGUAUGGCAAACACGUUACUCACUGAGCCAGCUCUCCAGCCUGACUGCUCUACUUUUAAAGGGACAUAGAGAGACAUGAGAUGUAAUUCACUAUCCGUCCCAGCUUGUAGGAUUAUAGCAGCCUUAGUGGUGAGAAAGGACAUUGAUCAUGUGGCCUCUGCUGAAUCCUGGAAGAGAAAUAAUAGCCUAAAUACAUGGAUCCCGGGGAGCUGGCCACCAUGUCCAGAGGCAGGCCACCACUGAGAAGGGCAUCUGCCUUUGUCAAGAGAGUCUGGAAAGCCUUCUUGUGAAGUAUAUUACUACUUUAAAUGUUGGCACCUAAGCUGGGAAUGGCCAUUCAAACCAGCAGCAAUAACAACCACAAAAAGUGCUUCUCAUCAAUUGGCCCUUCUUUUCCCCCAGUACUGGUUGAUCAAAACCAGGCCUCACAGUCAAAUACUUACACCACUAGGUAUACCUUGAGCCCAAAGAGAAUUCUUUUUAGUUACUUUUUUAGACAGGGUCUCAUAUAGUCUAGCCUGGCUUUGUACUCUCUAAGUGGCCAAGGAUGACCUUGAACUUCUGACCCCCCCAUUCUCUACCUCCUGAAUUCUGGGUUUAUAAAUAUGUGCCAUCAUGCAGUGCUGAGAAUCAAACCCUUGUGUGUUCUAGGCAAGCACUGUGCCAACUUUGCCUACAUCUCUAUCCCUAUAUGUAGCCCAGGCUACACCAGAACUCACUAUAUAGCUCAGGCUGGCUUCUAAACUUGCUGCAUUCCCCCUGCCUCAGGCCAACUAGCACUUAAAAAGAAAAAGAAAAAUCAAUCUAUAGGACAAACUUAAUUAAACUAGAAGCCAGCAUCAACCUCAUCCACCACCACCUUUUGCCAUCAGAAACUCUAAGAGGCCGUUCGUUCAUCUGAGGGAGGUGAAGAGACCCAACAUAAAGCAUACUUUUUCACAACCUUGCAGCUUUUGCCACCCUGGCUUCUCGACUUUAGUUUGUUUAACCUAACAAAUGCAGGCACUGAUCACAACCUCUGGUAGGGUUGGAGUUCCGGACAAGGAGCUACUCAGUGCAGCAGAAAGCAGCACCCCUCCCCCAACAGUGACGUCAUAGACCCUGGUUCUAGGGCUAAGACACACACACACACACACACACACAGAGCAAAGCACAGGACUCAUAUUCCGGAAAAUGUCUGAGCUCAUGAAGAGCGCCGCCGCCUGGCCUGUCCCUCUCACCUCACCCACAAUUUAAGGAUAUGACUUGAGCAUCUUGGAAUGAAGGUGGUCCAGAGUUCCCUGCAAGCCAAUCACCCCAGGGUGAAUGCAGAUUGCCUAGAUUCUCCGGUUGCUCAGCCCACUGAAAGGUCAUUUCUCUUAAGACCCAAGCAGCUGUAGUGGACAAGGACCAGAAGCUAAUUAGAGGUUUCAUAAAUGGAGACAGAAGGGACAGGGAGAGAGGACCCUGUGUAGCUGGAGUUUUCUCCAGUCCUGCCUGGCCCAUGGCCAGGACAAAUCUCUCUCACCCGCCAGUCCCACAGCCACUUAGACACAACCAAGUAAACACACAGAGACUUACAUUGCUUACAAACUGUAUGGCCGUAGCAGGCUUCUUGCUAUCUAGUUCUUAUAUCUUAAAUUAACCCAUUUCUAUUAAUCUAUAAGUUGCCACGCAGAUCGUGGCUUACCGGUACCUUACAUCUUGCUUUUCAUGGCCGCGUCUCUCUGCCUCAGCCUUCCACUUCCCAGAAUUCUCCUUUCUACUUGUCCCGCCUAUACUUCCUGCCUGGCUACUGGCCAAUCAGCAUUUUAUUUACACAGAGCGAUAUCCACAGCACUUCCC